UUUGAGCAGAUGCUCACUCCCUCGCUUUACUGUCAACCGUCGAUCUCCCUUAAAUCAACGGUUCAUGUUUAUAUCCCCAAAAUCAUACAGUGUCUUGCUCUUUCCCUCUUUCCCAACUUCUCUUUUCUCCUGUUCACCCAAUUUAGCUAAUUAGCUUCCAUUUCAUCAAUUUCCCAUCAAGAAUCUUGAUUUUUCUUUGAAAGUUCUCAACUUUAUUGUGAUCCAAACAGUCUUCAAGAAUCAGCAAGGGCAUGUUUGGAUAGAAUGCCAGUUUUCACAAGAUCUCAGAUAAUUGACUCUCAGGGAAAGAAUGAUCACAAAACUAGACCAAGAACAGAUCAAGAAGAUACCCAAAUGGCUAAAAAUAUGAGAAAUCCACACCAUGGUUUGAAAGAGAAGAUGAAAGCACUUACCCUUUUGUAUGAACAGCAAAAACAAGGCUCUGCAGCUCUCAAGAAUCAAUCUUUUAAACCUGAAGAUUCAAGAUUUUCAUCUCACCCUAGUGUAGACCUUUUAAGUUCAGGUACUAGAAGAGUUGAGAAAGAACAAAAACAAUCAAAGCCAAUUAGUCAUGUUAUGAGGGAAAAUGUGACAAGAACUUAUGUGCCACCACCACCUUCAUUGGUGGAGGAUGGGAAGGAAAACGUCGCGGUGGCGGCUGCAGGAGGUGAUAGAAUAGUAGGAUUUUCGUACCCUAAAAGGGCGAAUGCGUCAAGUACUGUGGCAAGAAAGCUUUCAAUGGGAAGCACAGCAAUGCUGCAUACGGAGCCUAGGGGAGCUAGAAGGACAGUGAAAGAGAAUGUACAACAAGAGUUGGAUACCAUUUCGGAGAAAGCAAAUGAUGGUGGUAGUAGAAUUCUUGUUUUUGUAAGGUUAAGGCCAAUGUCAAGAAAGGAAAGAGAAGGUGGAGCUAGGUGUUGUGUGAAAAUUGUGGAUGGAAGAGAUGUUUAUCUGACUGAAUUGGCCACUGAGAACGACUACCUUAGGCUAAAGAGGCUCAGGGGACGCCAUUUCACUUUCGAUGCUUCAUUUCCUGAUACCGCUAAUCAGCAUGAUGUUUAUUCCACAACAACAGCAGAGCUUGUGGAAGCAGUUCUGCAGGGAAGAAAUGGUUCUGUGUUUUGCUAUGGUGCCACUGGUGCUGGAAAGACAUACACAAUGCUCGGUACCAUUGAGAACCCAGGGGUAAUGGUAUUAGCAAUCAAGGAUCUCUUUACCAAGAUAAGGCAAAGGAGCUUUGAUGGGAAUCAUGUGGUUCAUCUUUCUUAUCUAGAGGUCUAUAAUGAAACAGUGAGAGAUUUGCUGUCCCCGGGAAGGCCUCUAGUCCUAAGAGAAGAUAAACAGGGGAUAGUGGCAGCAGGGCUUACUCAGUAUAGAGCAUAUUCCACAGAUGAAGUAAUGGCAUUGCUCCAACAAGGAAACCUAAACCGAACCACAGAGCCCACCCGCUGCAAUGAAACUUCCUCACGCUCUCACGCUAUUCUUCAGGUUAUGGUGGAAUACCGUGUCAAGGAUAGUUCAAAUAACAUUGUAAAUCGAGUUGGAAAGCUAUCACUAAUUGACCUUGCUGGUUCAGAAAGAGCUCUAGCUACUGAUCAGAGAACCCUGAGAUCACUUGAAGGUGCUAACAUAAAUAAGUCACUUCUGGCACUGAGCAGCUGCAUCAAUGCCCUUGUUGAGGGCAAAAAGCACAUUCCUUAUCGGAAUUCUAAGCUCACUCAACUACUCAAGGAUUCACUGGGUGGAGCUUGUAACACUGUGAUGAUUGCCAAUAUUAGCCCAAGUAAUCUUUCAUUUGGUGAAACCCAAAAUACACUGCACUGGGCUGACCGAGCGAAAGAGAUACGAACAAAGGCUUAUGAUGCACAUGAGGAAAUGCAAAUGCCUGAUUCAGAAACAGAUCAGGCCAAGUUAUUGCUUGAGCUGCAAAAAGAGAAUCGCGAAUUGAGAAUGCGUUUGGCUUAUCAGCAGCAAAAAAUAAUUACAAUCCAGAAGGAAAAUUUGGCUGCAAACGCUUCCCCUGCCCCAUCUACAGUUUCCUCUAUCUUAUCACCAGCACCGUCUUCUGCUCAUCCAAAUGAAAAACGGAAAGCAAGACCCUCUUUCUUGGCUGGAAAUUGUUUUACCCCAGAAUCCAAGAGAAAAGGUGCAGAUGACACAGUUAGAGAUCUAAAAAAGGCGGUUAAGGGAUUGGAGGCAGAAAUUGAGAGACUGAAGAAGGAUCAUGCAUUGCAGAUAAAGCAGAAAGAUGAUACAAUCCGUGAAUUGUCACGAAAGAGUGCAAAACCAGCAGGAGGGGCACAAACGGGUGUAAAAAGGAUCAUUACAAGGGCAAGCUUGAGGCCCAAGGAAGCACAUGAUGUUGAUUUGAAGAGUCCAAGUCAUCGUUUUCAUUCUCCAGCUCCCACGGCUAAAAAACGCAGCUUCUGGGAUAUAACAACAGCUAACAGCCCAUCGGUUGUCACUUUAAAUGGAAGAAAGACAAGAAGCCAUAUUAAUACUGAAACAGCAGCAGCUCCAUCCAUGCUUCUCCAGCUUGCAUAUCCAUGUUUCUGGUUUGUCUUCAUGUUUGGGCCACAUGUUGUAAAUUACACCACUCAGCCAGGAUUUGCUCGCCAGAAUGUAAAGCACUAAAGAAGAGGCAGAUCACUUGGGAUUUCCAAUCUAGCUCUGGUGGCAUCAAGCAACAUUUGUCAUGCGGAGCAAGGCAACAGAGGAGCAUUCAUUCACUUGUAUUAGACAAAAGACUAACUGUCUAACAGUGAUUAAAUCUAUACAGUAGUUGUUUAUGA